GCCUCGGUACCCUUUCCGCCAUGGGUCUUCACGCCGCCUCACCCGUCCUCCUGGCCGUCUUCCUGGCCCUCAUUGCGGGGACUCAGGCAAACACUCUUUAUGUCUUUGACUUCAACAGUGAUCUACAGGGAUGGGAGACCAUGCGUGGCGCAUGGAGGUGGGCAAACUCGACCACACUGCAGACCACCGUCCCCAGUGACCUCAAGGGAGGCAUAGCUGUGAUGGACUCUUAUGAGACCAGUGACGAGCUUUACACGCCGUACUUCCGGGCUCCAAAGGGCGGGAACUUUACGAUGAGGUUCUACGUUCGUUCUCAAUACAUCGGGUCCAACGACUUGAGGGUGUACACCCGCAAGAGAAUGAGCCAAGAAAUGGAAUUCAUCAACCUCCAGGCGUACUCUCGGCCCGACUCUUACUACUGGAGCAUCACCCAGAAGGAGCUGCCGCCAGAUGACGACGAUGUUCGCUUUGAGAUUUUCUGCUACAGCGGAAUGACGGCUGGGGCAGGUGAGCAACUCCUCGGCUGCGCCAUUGACCAAAUUGCCGUCGAUAUCUAUGAUGACAACACCACCCCGGGCCCCACCACCACCACCACCACCCAUGACCCGACCACCACAGACCCACCCACUGAUACCCCCACUGACCCACCCACUGAUACACCCACUGACACACCCACUGAACCACCAACUGAUACCCCCACUGACCCACCCACUGAUACACCCACUGACACACCCACUGAACCACCAACUGAUACCCCCACUGACCCACCCACUGAUACACCCACUGAACCACCCACUGACCCACCAACUGAUACCCCCACUGACCCACCCACUGAUGCACCCACCGACCCACCCACUGAUACACCCACUGAUACACCCACUGAUACACCCACUGAUACACCCACUGACACACCCACUGAUACACCCACUGACACACCCACUGAUACACCCACUGACACACCCACUGAUACACCCACUGACACACCCACUGAUACACCCACUGAGCCACCCACUGAUACACCCACUGAUACACCCACUGAUACACCCACUGACACACCCACUGAUACACCCACUGACACACCCACUGAUACACCCACUGAGCCACCCACUGAUACACCCACUGACACACCCACUGAUACACCCACUGACACACCCACUGAUACACCCACUGACACACCCACUGACACACCCACUGAUACACCCACUGACACACCCACUGAUACACCCACUGACACACCCACUGAUACACCCACUGACACACCCACUGAUACACCCACUGACACACCCACUGAUACACCCACUGAUACACCCACUGACACACCCACUGAUACACCCACUGACCCACCCACUGAUACACCCACUGAUACACCCACUGACACACCCACUGAUACACCCACUGACACACCCACUGAUACACCCACUGACACACCCACUGAUACACCCACUGACACACCCACUGAUACACCCACUGAUACACCCACUGACACACCCACUGAUACACCCACUGACACACCCACUGAUACACCCACUGACACACCCACUGAUACACCCACUGAUACACCCACUGAUACACCCACUGACACACCCACUGAUACACCCACUGAUACACCCACUGACACACCCACUGACCCACCCACUGACACACCCACUGAUACACCCACUGAUACACCCACCGACCCACCCACUGAUACACCCACCGAUACACCCACUGAUACACCCACCGACCCACCCACUGAUACACCCACUGAUACACCCACUGAACCACCCACUGAUACACCCACUGACACACCCACUGACCCACCCACUGAACCACCCACUGAUACACCCACUGAACCACCCACUGAUACACCCACUGACACACCCACUGACCCACCCACUGAUACACCCACUGAUACACCCACUGACCCACCCACUGAACCACCCACUGAACCACCCACUGAACCACCCACUGAUACACCCACCACCACGGAAGGCCCAGCAGGACCCCUUUUCUUUGACUUCGAGGAUGACAUGAACGGGUGGUCGCUGGUGCACAUGAACUACGCUUCCUUCAGGAGGGUGAACUUCGACCACGACCACUACGACAUCAAGCCUCCCCCCAGCGGCUCCAUGGUUCUGCAGGUCUUCCCAGAUGACGUCCAGUCCGGAACUGUGGUGGCGAAGAGCCCGAGGUUCAAGGCGACCGAGGAAAAGAUGACGGUGCGAGUUAGUUUCUGGAUGAACGGUACCGACUCCUUCCCGGCACAGCUGAAGGUGCGGCGACAGUUCACCUACGACACCUUCGAGGACUCGCCUGUGAUGAACCUGGAUCCCUUCGGUGACCAAAGCAACAGGGUCUGGUACACCUACACCGCCUCCAAGCCGGUGAUCAUCGGAGAGGAGUUUUCACUAUUCAUGGAGGCUUCCCUGGGCGGCGACAACUUCAACGACGUGGCCGUGAGCGCCGUUGAAGUGACCGGCGUCAAGAUCAUCGACGACAACAACUCAACACUCUUUGACUUCGAGGGAGGACUUGGAGGUUGGAUGCCCGGGAAGAUGGACGGAGGCAUCUGGGUGCUGACCACGUGGGACAAACUCGAUCCUGCCCUCAACAUCCCCCCGCCAGAAGUGGGAGAAAAGUUCCUGAUCGCAUCCAGGUCCAACAUCUAUUCCGGUGUCAUCAGCAUCGAGUCGCCCAUCAUGGAGGCGAGUUACGGCACGAAGCAGCGUCUCACCUUCUCCUACUACGUCAGGGGAUCCGUCACCUACCCUGUGGUGCUCCGCAUCCGUAUGAAGACCCCGGACGGCACCUACGACGCUCUUCCUUUCAUCGAUCUGCGUGAGUACGGGAACACCGACUACCAACAGUGGCUGCAGCUCGACCAGGAGAUUGAUAUUCCCCUGAGCCCCGGCGACUCCCAGUACCAGCUGGUGAUUGAGGUGGACUUGGGCAGCUGGAUGGGCAACGUGGUGGCUCUCGACGACUUCAUAAUCACGACACAACAGAUUCCAUGAACCACACGACGCCAUUUCACCCACACCUACACCCACACCCCGGAAAGCCAUACAGGGCCACAGGAGCCACGGGAGCCAUGCUAAGCCACAUCUCACAUCAACUCAGGACCUUGCAAGCCACUCACCUACCUCAUUUGACUGACUGACUUGGCUGGCGACUUGGCACACCGUAUGACCACUGAUGCUGGAUAACUAUAUUGGAUCAUUCUGUAGAGGGUAACCUGUAUCCCAAAAUAACCUUCCGUAUGAUUGAGGUUUUGUUCAACUCAUUACUGUGAAAAGCGGGAAUCAUUUAAUACUCUAAUAAGUCGAAUAAAUCGUCAAUUAUGUAGUUAAGCGGUUUCGAUAGGAAGUAGUUUGAAGAAUGACGGACAAAAAUAAAUGUAACGUUAUAUUCCAAGGAAAUUACUGUGAAAAGAGACGAGAUGACAUAGAUUGUUUUCAUUUUUGUUUUUCAUUUAAUUUCUGUCUUGUAAGGAAUAUAAGGAAGUAAAGAGGAUGGAUAACGAGUACGGGGGACUGGUGUAAUAUUGCUGACACUGGUACGAUUCCAAAACUCAUAUACAUGUUUUGGUAAACGUUCUGUCAGAUAUUAUUGUAAGCAUCGAGUUAUUCCCACUCCUUACAUACUCUUCUUUAUACAUACAUUCCAUAAGACAAUAGACGAGUGCAAUGUU